GCCCGGGCGCAUGGCCUCGGUGCUGCGCAGCGCCGCUCGCUUCGCCCCGCGGCUGAUGCGGGCGGCCUCGGGCCCGGCCAUGCAGCAGCCCGAGGGCGGCGGGGGCUGGCUGGGCGCUCUGCGCUUCGACAACCUGGCUCUGCGCUCGCUGCCCGUAGACGCCUCGGAGGAGAGCGGCCCGCGGACCGUGCCCGGCGCCUGCUUCGCUCGGGUGCGGCCCAGCCCGCUGCAGAACCCGCGGCUCGUGGCCAUGUCGCUGCCGGCGCUGGCGCUGCUGGGGCUGGAGGCGCCCGCGGCCGACCCGGCGGCGGCGGAGGCCGAGGCCGCGCUGUUCUUCAGCGGGAACCGGGUGCCGGCGGGCGCGCAGCCCGCGGCGCACUGCUACUGCGGCCACCAGUUCGGCAGCUUCGCGGGGCAGCUGGGCGACGGCGCCGCCAUGUACCUGGGCGAGGUGCUGGGCCCGCGGGGCGAGCGCUGGGAGAUCCAGCUCAAGGGCGCCGGCAUCACCCCCUUUUCCCGACAAGCUGAUGGUCGGAAAGUGCUGCGGUCGAGCAUCCGGGAGUUCCUGUGCAGCGAGGCCAUGUUUCACCUGGGAAUACCAACAACACGGGCUGGCACCUGCGUCACAUCCGACUCCAGAGUCGUUCGGGACAUGUUUUAUGAUGGAAAUCCAAAAAAUGAAAGGUGUACGGUUGUUCUGAGAAUAGCCUCUACAUUUAUAAGAUUUGGCUCUUUUGAAAUUUUUAAGCCCCCUGAUGAAUACACAGGACGCAAGGGUCCCAGCGUGAACCGAAACGACAUUCGAAUACAGAUGCUUGAUUAUGUGAUCAGCACUUUCUACCCAGAAAUCCAGGAGGCUUAUUCGGACGACACUGUUCAGAGGAAUGCUGCUUUCUUCAAAGAGGUCACCAAGCGGACAGCGAGGCUGGUUGCUGAGUGGCAGUGUGUGGGGUUUUGCCAUGGCGUGCUGAAUACAGACAACAUGAGUAUUGUUGGACUCACCAUUGACUAUGGCCCUUUUGGGUUUAUGGACAGGUAUGACCCUGAGCACGUGUGCAAUGGGUCUGAUAAUACAGGGCGCUAUGCUUACAACAAACAGCCAGAGAUUUGCAAGUGGAACCUGGGGAAACUUGCUGAAGCUUUAGUUCCAGAGCUGCCCUUGGAAAUAAGCCAACUCAUCCUGGAAGAGGAAUAUGAUGCAGAAUUUGAGAAACACUAUUUGCAGAAGAUGAGAAAAAAACUAGGCCUAAUCCAACUGGAAUUAGAAGAAGAUAGGAAGCUGGUGUCUGAUCUGCUUGAAACCAUGCAUCUCACAGCCGGAGACUUCACAAAUAUUUUUUACUUGCUGAGUUCAUUCUCAGUAGACAUUGAUCCUUCAAAAUUUGAAGGUUUCUUGGAAGACCUUACAAGUCAGUGUGCUUCUGUCGAAGAACUGAAAGUUGUUUUUAAACCACAGAUGGAUCCAAGACAACUGUCAAUGAUGCUGAUGCUGGCUCAGUCUAAUCCUCAGCUGUUAGCAUUAAUUGGAACAAAAGCUAAUAUAAAUAAAGAACUGGAGCGCAUUGAACAGUUCUCUAAACUGCAGCAAUUAACCGCAGACGAUUUACUUAGCAGAAAUAAAAGACACUGGAAGGAAUGGCUGGAGAAAUACAGAGUCCGUUUGCAGAAAGAAAUAGAAAGCGUUGGUAAUUCUGAUGCCUGGAACACAGAGCAUGUCAAGGUCAUGAAUUCAAACAAUCCAAAAUAUAUCUUGAGGAAUUAUAUUGCCCAGAAUGCCAUAGAAGCAGCUGAAAAUGGGGAUUUCUCAGAGGUAAGAAAUGUGCUGAAACUUUUAGAGCAUCCAUUCCAAGAAGCAGAAGGUUUCCAGGAGAUAAAGGAGGAUGCAGAAGAGGAGGGAGCAGCUGCUACAGCAGCUGUUUGUUCUCAAGAGAGCAGAAGCAAACAAUCAUAUUGCAGCAAACCUCCGCUGUGGGCUUCAGAGCUCUGCGUUACGUGAUCUUCAUAACUGCCUUGUUUCGUUUUUUGCUGUGAACUGAAGACUCUGAUCCUCCUUCAGCAGUGAAGAAUUCAGCAAGGCAAACAUCAAAGUGCUAUUAAGUUAUUGAAACAACACUACAUUUGGAUGCAUCUGCAGCAGUCUUCAGCUGUGCUUAAUUUGAAGCAAUUGUGGAUCAUUGGAACAAACCAGUGACAAUCAACAGCCCAUACACAUCAGUAAUCUAAAUGUUUUAAGGCCCAAAGUUUUUCCUUUAUCCUCACUACAUUGCAAGGAAAAAACAAGGUUUUAUGUUGAAGCAGGCUGAACUUCAGUCAUCGAAAUGGAGUUGUUGUUAUGUGAAGACAAAACCAGCAAGUCAGGAAUCUGAUCUGUUUUUGUCUGAUGUCUUAACUAAUAGUACUUCUCAUAUUUAUUUACUGCUUUCUCUAUGCAGAAACUUUUAGUCCUCUUUAAUGGAGGAACAGAUUCAGUGUUGCUUGUUUGAAGCUAUGUUUCAUUUAAUUAAGUAGUUCAUUUCUUGUGAACCUGCAGAUUGGUAUUUAAUCAUUAUCUAUUUUCUGAGAACGUGUGCAGGCUAGAAUUUGGGGGAGCAAUUGAAUUUUUUUUAAGAGCAGAAUUAAGGGAGAUUACAUACAUCUGCACUUGAAAACUUGGUGGUGAAGUUUAUUCAGGUUCAGUAUGUUUGCACACAGCACCCAUAAAUAUCUGCUAAACUCAGGAGUGCAGUUUGUAACCCAAUUGCCUUGGGCAGGAUCCAUAAGCCAAAUUAGUUUGAGCCUUAAACUACCCCAGCACUCAAAUCCGGGUUUGUUGUGUAUUUACUUCUGUGCUCCUAACAGAGUCUGCCUGUUUGAGAAGUGUGCAGGUGAGGUACCUGCUCAUCAUGCAGGUCAGUGGGGCUCUUCCAUUCCUUCUCUACUCUUGCACCAUUUAGUUUGUUUCCAUGGUCCUUGAAAAUCUUCAAGCUGGAAGUUGGCCAUUUAGGAGCAUGCUGUUUGAGCUUGGGUAAAAGAUGAUGGAGGAUGUGGGAGGAGAAGAGGAGCUGACUUGCUCACAAGUUACUUAAAAUGCUUCAGUUGAGGUUUCAGGGGAAGGUUGUUUGCCAUUAUUGUCACAUCAUCAGAGUUGUUCUGAAGUUGUUACUUAGCUUUCUGAGUUUCUUUUUGAAGGACUGUUACUAGUUCAGACACCUGAAAGGUUUGGUUUAAUGCAAAGGCUUCUCUUUCCAAAGAGAUCACUGUCUCACACUGAGAUGUUACGUGUCCUCCAGGAAAUUCUUCUGCUACCCCCAUGCAAACUUGUCACCAGCUUGGGUUGAAUAGUGGUUUUUUAAGUCUUCCUCAGUAUGAGCCGUCAGCAGACAGAAAGAACAGCUGGACUGUUGCUUAUCCAUCUGCACUAAUAGUCAGUUUGUCCUCCUCACUGUCACAGGACAUAGGGCAUGCUUUGUAUGUAAGCUUUUAUUCUGUCUUGGAGCUGGAGGAACUGAUCUGUGAUAAACUGUGAUCUCUGACAAGCACAGCACUUUCUGUGUAAUUUUGGAGUCCUUAAAGAAAAGGACAAACUAGGUGUAUUACCUAGCCCAUGGAAGAAUGGUGUAGUUGAAAGAGGUCUGCUGGGAUUAAUCCAUUUUUGUGGGAAUUUGAAGCUUUCAUUGAGGACUAUCCUUCCUUUAAAUUUGGGUUACUGAAACCAAACCACUUAAUGGAAACAUUAGCAGAAAGUCAGUUCUGGGUAAACAGGACUGCAUCAGGGAGGGAAAGUGCAUCUGCAGUUUGAAAUAGCUUGAGACAUCCCCUUGCAGAACCUGUGGUCUCUUACAGUGUGCCUGGUCCACAAGGGAGCAACAGAAUGGGGAGAAGUUGCUACAAACUGAUCAACAUAACUGUGCUGAUUCUGUUUCUCAGUUUAUAUCUUUUUUUUUUGGGACACAGAGGGGAACAGAGUUUUAGAGGAGCUCUGUCCAAGCUUUUUCUUUACCAAAAUGUUGUAAAAAGUAAUGAUUCUUAACCGUGCCUGAAGUAUCAAGUCUUUUUAACAGCAUUCUAAUAAUAAUAAUAAUUUGGGGGGGGUUGAGUAGGUCUCUGUUAAUAGUGGUACAGAAAAGGAGAAUAAUAAUAUAAUUGUGUGUUUGGAGAUCCAAGAAUUUGGAUUAACUACCAAAUUAUUGUGCACCUAUAUUGCCAAAAUCACAGAGGAGAUACUUUGGAAUAAUUUACAAGCAAUUAUCUUAUCUUUAAAAGGGAAAAUGAAUGUUACAGUGAGAACUGCAAACGCAUUUGCUGCUAAAUAUUCUUUGCUUACAUGUCAGUCAAGUGCAAGAGGUCUGGCAGGGUUGGAAUGAUUAAUGCAGCCCCUUGGUGUGCCACUCAGUGAAGUUGUAUGUCUAACAGAUGUUCACCAACAGUGGAAACUCUGAAGCUUUCACACGUUCCAGCUGCACUGACACCCAACUGCUCGGCUCCCCAGGGCAUGCAGUAAUAUCAGUGCUGUGUGUUUGAAGAAGCAUGAUGAUCCAGAGCCAAGUGGAAUGCUUGUGCUCUUCCAGCACUCUAAUUUCAGCAGGUGGGUUGUAGUUUGAUCUCUGAUGAUAGUUUCUUCUGUUCUUGUUCCUGGAGCAGUGUGGAAGGAGGAGGUUGAGCAGCAGCAUGAUUAGGCCAAAUUUUGUCCAGAUCAGAAAGUUAGAACUUAGCUCAGUUCUUCAGAGAGAAGGGAGUGCAGCUUAGAGCAUUUGGGAAUCUAAAUACUUGAAUCAUAAUUUGCUUCCUGAUUUUUACUGCCUGCAUUUGCAAUGGGUUCUGAAAAUAGUAUUACUGGUCAAAUAUUCUGCUUACAUAAAAGCCAUGGAGUUGUGCUCAAAAUGAAGUGGUGACUCUUCCUAUCAAAAGCUUUCUGUGGAAAUACUUGAUUAGACUUAAUCCUGUGGCUAUAUCAUAUAUCCUAAAGUACCUUCGCAUAAAAUCAAGUGGUACCUACCCAGAUUACAAAACUGAAAUGAGAACCUAUUGGAGAUGAGUCUCUGGAUAGUCUCACAUGAUAGUGGGACUCUUUUCAUGACUUGGUAAGAUCUCACCAUAACUCUGCUUCAUGAGCUUGUAAAUCUACAGUUGCAGAAUGUUUUGAUGUCAGCUCUUAUUUUGGAAUGUUGUGUGGGUUUGGGGGAUUUUUUUGGUUUGUUUCUGGGUUGGGUUUGUUGGGUUUUUUUUCCAAAUAAGUGCUACAGAUUUGAUUAUUUUAUAAAAAUCAAUUAAAAUUGCAAUUUUAAUAUUUUUGUUAAUGCCUAUUUCCUGAAAGUUUUACUGUUAACAAUACUGAUCGCAGAUGUGAACCCAACAGGAGGGUUUCACAGUGGUGUCACAUCCAGUGUAUGAUCACAGUCUGAAUUCUAAACAAUGCUGUCACUACCCUGGUAACAUAGUUGCAUCUUGUCAUUUGACUUCAUGCUUCCUGUGUCCACGGGAAGGUUUUUAGUGCGCAGUGCAGUUCUCAGUUCCUCUCACCUGUAUACAAAUUGGUGCUGCCACUUCCCCUUAACACCUCUGUUUUCCCUCACCCUGACAUCAGCUGUGGAGCUGAAGGAUGCAGCUGCCCUGUGUGCAGCACAGGUACCAUGCCAUGUAAAUCAGAGGACGUGAGGGGCUGUGAUAAAGCUCCAGACAGACAUGAGUACACCAUUUUUGUUUGUGCAAUUCUUGCAGCAGAUGCCUCAUUAACGGGAGCAGAAAAUCAGGGGAGAAGUCAGGUUUUCUAAGCUAAGUGUGCAAAAUCUCUUUGUACCCCCUAGAUAAAAAAAACAUACCCAAGGCCUGAUAUAAAGUAAACUUUGAUUCUGUGUUUAACACUGCUUAUAUAGCCAGAAAACAAACCAUUAAUCCAUUGUCUAGACUUCAAGGGAUUUCUUUUCAUGGCUUGUUGCAGAAGUGAUAGAAUUGCAGCUCUAAGAAUCAUCAAAAUCAUGAACGAAGACUCACUUGAAACAAAAAAAUCCCCUUUUUUAAAAUGUGAUUGGAAGUUUAAAUGUUGCAAGACCCACCCUCAUGCAGCAGGGAGAGGAUUUUUGAUGAGGCUCUGAGAAUUCCCCUAAAGCCACAGCUUCCACACAGUGCCCAUACAGGCAGCAGACAGAUACCCAGCCCAGCAUCUGGCCUGAAGUUAUUCUCUGAGUGGAUAUGUAAGUUCACAAGGUGAUGUUGGGUACAUUAUGGUGUCACUCUGUGUGCCCAGAUCCAUCAGAGUAAGUGUGUGAGCAUGCCCUAUUAGCCAAUUCCUCUUGAAACUGUUCUGUAAGGAUCAUGUAAAUACAUUUUUGGGUUCUCAGAGGUGACUUUUCUGGGGCAAAAUACACAGAUCUUCAGGAGAUAUUCUCAAACAUCUAAGAUGUAAACUCCUGUAUUUAAAACAUUCUCUAGGCUCCCUGUGUAAAAGAAAAAUAUAGAAAUGGGAAGAAAUAGCUGCUUUCCAGGCAGUGAGUUACCUGAUACUAGCAUAGAUGUCUAAACAGAACAUGUAAAUCACACCUCAGAAGUGUCUUUUUCUCCCCAUAACUAUAAAAAGAGUCUAAACAAGUGGCUCAGAUGUAAAUGUCUGCAGUGUAGGUGAUCAAAGCCAGGUGAGGUAUGUCCACCACUGGAGCAUGGGAAGGUGCAGACAGACAGACAGACAGCAGCUCAGGGUCUGAGAGCACACACCACCAGCUCAUGACUAGUUUCUCACUGUGCCUAUUCUGGUGCUAGC